GGAAACGUUUCCGGUUCAGCCUUCGAGUUCGCUGUACAGGCGUGUUCUGCGGAGGUUCUCGCUAUGGCUCGAAAUGCAGAAAAGGCCAUGACGGCCUUGGCAAGGUUUCGCCAAGCUCAGCUAGAAGAAGGAAAAGUGAAGGAGCGAAGGCCUUUCCUUGCAUCAGAAUGCAAUGAACUGCCCAAAGCUGAGAAAUGGAGACGACAGAUUAUUGGUGAAAUUUCCAAGAAGGUAGCACAAAUUCAAAAUGCUGGUUUAGGCGAAUUCAGAAUUCGUGACUUAAACGAUGAAAUUAACAAACUCCUAAGAGAAAAGGGGCACUGGGAAGUCCGGAUAAAGGAGCUGGGAGGACCGGAUUAUGCAAGAAUUGGUCCGAAAAUGCUCGAUCAUGAAGGAAAAGAAGUUCCAGGAAACAGGGGCUACAAAUAUUUUGGAGCUGCUAAAGAUUUACCUGGUGUUAGGGAGCUUUUUGAAAAAGAACCCCUUCCUCCUCCAAGGAAGACACGAGCUGAACUCAUGAAGGCUAUUGAUGCAGAGUAUUACGGCUACAGAGAUGAGGACGAUGGUGUCCUGGAACCGCUGGAACAGGAACAUGAAAGGAAAGUUAUUGCAGAAGCAGUGGAAAAAUGGAAAGCUGAGAAAGAAGCACGACUUGCAAGAGGUGACAAGGAAGAGGAGGAGGAAGAAGUAAACAUCUAUGCAGUAAAUGAUGAUGAGUCUGAUGAAGAAAGUGAAAAGGAAAAGGAAGGCGAGGAUAGCCAGCAGAAGUUUAUUGCUCAUGUCCCAGUGCCGUCACAACAAGAGAUUGAAGAAGCUCUUGUCCGAAGAAAGAAGAUGGAACUUCUUCAGAAGUAUGCCAGUGAAGCUCUUAUGGCUCAAAGUGAAGAAGCGAAAAGGCUUCUAGGACUGUAGUAUUUCUUGUGACACUUCUGUUCUUAUCAUCCAUCCUAAAUAAGCAUACACUCUGGGAGCAGCUGCUUAAAACACUUUGGUUCUGCAGAAAUGAUGUACUCCUUGCAAAUGCUUAAAAUGAAGAGUGUCUUUUUCUAAUUAUGUUUUAUUGCAGGCAUUUCACUCUGUCCUACUCCAUAAAAGUUUUUAUUUUUCAGCUUCUGCAGACAAACUGGCUAGCUAGCUUGCCAUUAAGCUGUCCUUCUCUAGCUACUUUCUCCUUUGUCUAAUGUCUGUGUUGCGUAGCAAUUCCUGCUGUAGUAACUGCUGUUAAAUUAGAAAUUAGAACGUAACAAUCUAAUGCACGUCUUCGGUCUCAGUAGACUGUAAUGGCAUUUAACAGAAUGUUUAUUUAGUUCAGCCUAUUGCCUGUAAAUUUGGAAUAGAAUUGAAAGGCAGUUUCCAGUAUUCAGGCUUUUUUUUUUACUUUGCAAAGGAACUGAAUUGCCCUGCUCAGCUAAUGUAGUUUUAAGUAGUAUGCGUUUGGUAUGGAUGCUCACUUGGUUGGAUUUCUGAAGUGCUGGAUAUUUCAGCAAGUAAUAUUGUAAAUAACUGUUUGCCUUUGUAAUAACAUUCAAACUUUUCCAGUAAAACUUUUUUAUUUAGG